AACUUUUUCUUUAAAUCGAAUAUUUAUAAUCAUAUCUAAGAUAUUAUUUUUGCUAACUAAAACUCUCAUUCAUAAUAAAUAGCUGAUACAUUUACGAGGACGCAUAUAUAUGAAGACCUAGCUAUCAGUCGGAAAGCUGUGAAUCGUUUGGAUUGGACAUGCUUUAGUUUUAUAAAAUUUUGUUUUUAAGAUUAGGUCGGUUUUAAUAGCUAACGCCUCAAAAAUACUAGAAAUUAUGGUGAUCCUGCGUGUUGCAGAAAGGUUAUAUCUGCUCAAGAUCUGUUAAAUUUCUUGAUCUCAGAGAAUGUUCAACAAUUCUUGAGAAGAUCUUGUCAAGUGUUUUUGAAAAUCUGCCUGCAAAAGUCUGCAUUCAUAUUUUGACAAGAUUUGGAAACUUUUCUGUAAUUAACAAAAUUUUUGCUAACAAAGAAAAUUUGGAAUCAUUUUGAUUACGACAUGUGUCAGAGGUUUGCCAAAAAUGUAAAUAUGGCAAGUUUGCAUUUUAUUUUAGUUACAAACUCUCUGUGGCCUUGUUUCUUCAUAACAGUUAUUAUGUACAAUGACACCGAGUAAAUCAUUAGAAGACUGAAGAAUAAAACUACAAUUUUGCACUCUUUCAGUUCGCACAAUUGCUCUAAGAUCAACUCUUCCAUCAAUUACGCAAUCCUCAAGUGAAAAUAUGUGGUCAAGUCCAAAAAUCCAUUCACAAUCGUCGAUCAUUCCUCAAGUCAAAAGCUACAAGAAUAAGGAAGAUAUUGAUCUUUCAUAUGAGAAGCUCAAAAGCGAAUUAAUCGAAAAAAACAAUCAAAACAAGCGCAAAAGAAUCGAAAACAUUGAUCCGUUGACACUGGGGCAUAUUAAAAAUUUACAGCCUACAACGUAUUUAAAACGUCGUCAGCUCAUAAGAGUGCAUCAAUCAUUAUCGUUUGAAGAUAAAGUAAAACUUUACCCAGAAUUCCUUAGUGAAGCAAUGGUAUACCACAUAUACGGACUUCUGAUAAUUUCCAAUUAUUGCUUUGCUCGAAUACGAUUUGCUUUAAUUAGAUCCUCCACAAUCUAUUUACAAGAAAGUCAAGAAGUGAAUAAAGCAGCAAUCCGAAUAGCGAUUGAUCAGUUGAUUUCGUCAUACAAAAUGUGCGAAAGAGAUAAUGUAAGUAUUUAAACCUAAUCUGCAUUACCGAAGCUUUGCCAAUGAAGUUUUUCUCUGCCAUAGCAAAAUGAGACUGAUUUAGCGGCUUUACAUCGAUACUAUCAAGAAAAAAAAUUAAAGUCACUCAUUCUACAAGGAAUAAGAUGGGUAUGCGAAUAUCAGAGUCAGUUCGAAGAAUAAAUUGUGUGACCAUAAAUAACCGUCUAUCACCUAAUGAAAUAGAUGUUUUUCUGUUGAUCCAAUGUUGUUGUGUUGCUCUAAGAUGUUUUGAUUGAAUCGAUGUUUUUGGUUAUAGUUCUUUUGUUCAAAUUUAGUUUCUUUUACUCACAUAUUUUCUAUCGUCCAUAAAUUUCAUUUGAUCAAAUCCCUAAACGUUUUAGUUCUGCUCUGCUGUUGUUUCUUUCAUUUCUUUUAUUAUUUCAUUUCAUAUUUCUUUGAUUCAAGUAUAUUGAUAACAAAUAGAGUUGAGAGACACUAGAAUUAUUGUACGCACAAACGGUUUUUGUUUUCUUUCCAUACGCAUUAGAGUACAUAUUUCCUCGUCUAUGAUGGCUUAACGCCAUAUAUGAUUUUAGCGAAUGAUCUAGUAUCUGAUCACGUUAAUUUAACACGAGAGAACAUACAGAUAUUGUACCUGUGUUAAUACUUAACGCUUGAAAAUAGAUAUACGCCUCAAGUCAUUUAGUCACGAUUCUUACUUUCGACAUAUAGCUGUAAAUAUGCAUUAAUUAUUAACACAGGUACAAUAUCUUUUGAAUCUCCUUCGUCUCAUUUAUGUAGAUGCGUUUAUUACGCCCUUCAGAACUACGUUUAAUGAUGUCAUAUAGAAUGUAUGAUACUUUGAUGUGAAAAAAAAGCAUAGGAAAAAACCAAGCUACCAUUAUCCUAAUGUAACAUUUAACAAGUACGCCAUAUAUGAUAGUUCCAAAGGGCAUAUUAAAUGCAUCUACAUAAAUGAGACGAAGCAGAUUCAAAAGAUAUUGUACCUUCAAAAGAUAUUCAAUACUUAAGCAGAUAAUCAUGGCUUGUGAAUUUAUGCAUAUAUUACAACUAUAUGUUGAAAGUAGAAAUCCUGACUUAACGAUUUAACCUUGGGGCACAUCUAGUUUCAGUAGUAAUAGGUCAAUGAAAUUGAUAAUUAAAAACAUUAAAACCAGUUCCUCCUAAGAAAAAAAGAAGUCAUGAUUAUCUAAACAGUGUACAAAAGUGAAUCAGUUUGUGAAUGGAGAACAUAGUAGCUAAUGUUCUAUGGGUUAAUUUACUCUAAGUCUUCCUAGUGACCUAAAGAUAUUUUCAAGAUAUUUUACUGUAUAAACGAUACUGUGAGAUAUUUAUUCAUCUUCUUUGUUUUUAUAAUCAUUGAUCAAUUUGGUAAUAUACAGAGAUGGGCGAGUAUGAGUAUACUCGAGUACAAAAUUUCUAGUACUCAUACUCGUAGUGGUACUCGACCCUCACUACUCGUACUCUUACUCAAAAAUCCGUGUACUCGCCCGUCUCUGGUAACAUAUUUGUUCUUUUUAGCCCGUUUCUUUCGAUAGACCACAAAUUUUCAAAGUUAACUUCGAGCGCGUUCAUAUCUAAACCUUUAAUACACCACUAAGAUUUUGACAUUUCCUCUAAAAUUGUGCUGGUUGCUGCCUUUAGUAUUCUCAAAGAUUUCGGCUUGCUAACAGCUUGCCGGUUUGAAUUUAUGUUCUACAGUUGCAUUUCUAAGUUCAAACAGAAAAAUUGUGUAGAGAGUCAGAUGUUUCCCCACAGAAUUGGUGUUACCUCCGUUUCUCCAAUAGACCUAUAUUGUUGGUUACUGAGCUCAUUUAUGAUUGGGGGGAUUGAAGUUAAAUGAUGUCAAAAACAUGAGUUACCGCCGAGUUAACUUUUCGACCAAUCAUCUUUCUUAACACUGAGUUAAUGUCUCCACAUUGUAAAUUCAUGCAUCACAUAAGUGGAUGAGAAUCAUUCACCUAUAGGGUGGAAUCAUCCAUACAAGUGGAUGGCGUGUUGAUGCCAUCCACUUUAGUAGAGAAGAUGAUGAACUAAAGUGGAUGACAGACUCUUCAGCAAGAAUAGUAGAUGGGUAUAAUAUAAGCGCAAGUUGAUCGAUCAGUAUUGAUCUUUUUGAUUUUGUUUGUUUUAACAUAUCUCUCUAGUGCUUUAUUUUCUUUCCUACAAGUAAAUAUUCUCGAAUUUAAAAUGUAAUUUAACAGUUGUUGGAUUUGUUCUCGGGUUACCCUUGUUUGUAUGUUCUUCGCAUGUUUUUGCACGAAUCUUUUGUUUGGUGCAGGUGCGGGAGAUGUCAGCUAUCGAAUUUCAUUGGCCGGUUGUCCAUAUCUAAAAAAAUAUCUGAUUCAUCUUACCUCCACUCAUGGUAUAAAUAAACAUUUUAUUGUUUCAUGCCCUUUAUGUAACUCCACAUUUUCAAGCGCACGUAGUUUUUCAAUACACAUCAGUAGUCGUCACGAAAGGCGUUUAAACGAUGAUGUUGAUAAAACUGAUAGUGAUGUUCAGAACGGAUCAGUGGAACUGUUAGAUAAUUUGAUUAACGAUCGCACGCUAUUUAACGAAAUGGAAGAAAAAGCAGGAGAAGUGGAAGAAGGGGAAGAUCAACAACAAGAGGAGCACGCACAACAAAACAACGAUUCUAAUACGUCAUUUAUUAAAAGAAUUUUACAUUUGCUUUUCACAUUGCAAUCCCUGUAUUGUGUAUCAGAAGCUGCAAUUAGUUAUGUUGCAAUGAAUUUAGCCGGCAUUCUAGAAUGGAUAUUAAAUCAUAACGAUGUGAGUUUAAAGCGAACAUAG